CGGUGUGGAUGGACGGUAACCUCCCCCGAGGCGCUCGCUAAACCCAAGCUAUAGUACUUCCCUGCUUUAGCUGUUACCAGAAGCUAGUAUACACAAACGUAACUUGCAUCUACCUCUCUCAUAAAGCCACAUUGAUGCUGUGUGUGGGCGUGGUGGUGGGCGUGGUGAUGGUGUUAGGAGGAACUAUCGCCCUGGAUGAGAAGCUUUACCAGAGAUAUAAGAACAAUGCUGCCACUGGUUCUAUCGCGGUGGUGAAGGAAUUCUCUUCUCGCCUGCACUGCGGACUGGCCUCUAUGCAGCUCUCCGGUGAGGGGUACAAUCUGAAGACCACAGCUGAGGAUAAGUAUGAGUGUACAAUCUUCAGUGUGGUGGACGGUGUACUCAAUGACACUGACAACAACUUCUACUGUGGUGUGUGUAAGGAAGUGGGUGAGUCCUGUACAGAAGACUGGGAGUGUUUCGUCCUUACGGAGGGCGCGACCUGUGUCCUGGGCACCUGCGACUGUGACCUCGGCUAUGACCCCACUGAUGGAGUCUGUGAAGUAGCGCCAGCGGCCUUAGGAGAGGACUGCGAGGCGGAUGUGCAGUGUCUGGCCACGUCAAAGGGAAGCGAAUGUGACCCGACCAAUAAGUGUGCUUGUGCUCAGCACUUCUACCCCAACGCUACAGGCAACGGUUGUUUGAUUGAUUAUGCUGCCUAUGGAUUCGUCGCCUACAAUGGACGAUGGGUCUUUCACCUCCCUGGGCUUCUUCCAAUCUCCUGGGAUCUGUCGUUCGUGUUGUGUGAUAGCCUCUUCUCUACCAUGUUUAAACCCAGAGAUGCCAGUGAGUGGGGCUGGAUGGAUCAGAAGACGGGGUCUGUCUUGAACACAUUUGCCAUGUUCCCCAUCAAUGACCGAGACCAAGAAGGAGUGCUGAUGUGGAAUGAUGGAACGGCAGUGGGAGGUGAGAACUAUCUCAAGUGGUCUUUUGGCAGCCCCACGGCAUCGAAUACUCCUAUUACGAACUGUGUAGGAAUGGUGCCGAGUAUUCUGUUUGUUUCUCCUGAGUCCAUAAACUUUGGUAUUUGUGGUCUGAUACUUCCCCUUGCAUCUACGUUCUGUGAGGCGGAUUUCUGAGGGAGAGAGAAAGAGAAACACAAAAAGAUACAGUUAAAGAGAGAGAGAGAGGGAGAGAGAGAGAGAGAGAGAGAGAGAGAGAGAGAGAGUGUGUUGUGUGGAGGGAAGAGAAUAUAUGAUGUGUAGGGAGAUACAGAGAGGAAGAGAGAAACAGACAGACAGAGACAGACAAACAGUGAGACAGACAGGCAGACAGACAUAACUGUGUACAGAAACAGAAAGUUGUUUACUUGUAGAUAAAGAAAAGUGUGUAGGAAAAGACAGGUGAGAAAAAAACAGGCCGAUAGACAGAGAUACAGAGAGAGAAACAGACAGACAAAGAUACAGAGAAAGAUAGAAGGGGACAGAG